CCUACACCCAACUUAGAACUGAAGCAGCUGCAGGUCUGCUUUUUCUCUCGCCGCCCAUCCGCCAACCAGCCGUCCAGGCCAGCCCAACCAACCAGACGGCUUUCUCGAAAACCCCCCCCGAAUUGUUAUUUCCCAUCCUCAUCGUCUUCCCAAAACGAUCUCAGUCGAACCGAACAUUCACCACCCGAGCUUUCUUCAACCUCCUCCCUCUUACGUCGCUUUAACCACCCCCUUCUUCUCUCCGACCCCUCUCAAACUCUCCUCUUUGUUCUAGAAACUCUGCGACAAGCCUCUAAGUCGCCGGAUGCCUAACACUCAUUCGCAUCUCCUCGUCCCCCCGACACUGGUGUUUGUUCCUCUCCGUUGACACUUCUUCCCCGCUUCCAUGAUUCCAUGACCACCCUCUUGUUUCCUACUUUCUCCCACCCUAGUGGUACAGUGACCUCCACGUCCUAUCGCUCUUUGGUCCUCCGUCAAUUUCGGGUCGUCUUCCUAGGUUUCCGGUCAAACCGCUUUCAUGCAGGCUACACCGAGCCCCUCUGAGGCUGGCGGAGGAUACGCGACGCGGAGAGGCCAUGCGUCUCACCUGUCGAUUAGUGACCCGAGUCACCAUGUCACGGAGGCCAUUGGUCAUAUGUACAACGAUGAUUACGACAAAAGGAACUCUCAGCGCCUCAGUUAUAUUUCCUCCCCUUUGAGUGAUACCAUCUCUAUUAUCCCUCCGAACCUCGCAGGCGCUGCAUCCCCCACCUCACCGCAGUCAAUACAAUUGCAAAACCAUUUAAAUUCAGUCAACAGUCAUCAGCAGGUGAACGGACAGUCCCGGCCGCCCACCGAUGGGGCCAUUUCUUUGGAUAAGGAAAGUAGCAGCCCGGCAUCACCUACUUCCAUUGCGUCUCCUGGAUCAACCGAUACAGCCACCACAUCCUUCCCCCUCAACGAUAUUGAUUACGAAUCGGACCCAGCUGCUGUGGCCCAAGAGCUCAACAACCUGGCCGCUAUCCGACGAAUGUCCAUGGAUGUAGCUGCCACGGGUGACCCUGACCUCCCGAGUUACAACUCAAAUUUCUCCGUGCCAUCUAUUGCGCCCUCCCCUUCGGCCGAUGAAAAUGAUGCCGCUCGAUUAUUCUGGGUCCCCGCGCGCCUGCACCCGGAAUUGGCGCCGAAGGAGUUUAAGUCGUUCCUCGAAAGUAAGACGGAGCAAAUAAAGCGAAGAUCGGGCGACUUCAAUUCGCUGGGCCUAGAACGCCAAGGAUCAAGCGGAGGUCUUAGACGGAAAAAGUCCAUGCUGUCUCGGCAAAUCGACAAUUCUCAUGGCUACACGGAUGGGGCAGAGCGAUUAGAGCGGAAACGGUCACAGUCGAGAAGGGAUCCUCUGACCCCUAAUCUGCAAGAACUUGAGACUUUAGUAGAUGACUCUAACCCACGGAGUACCAGCCCCGUUGCUUUGUUAAAUGAAAUACAGAACCUCGGAAUCUCUGCGGACGAAGACCGACCAAUCCUUCCGCCUGCACCCCCUGGUCACAGCCUUAGACGUUCUACGAGGACCCAGUACAGAAAGGCCGGAAGUUUGAAGAAGGGAGAAAAGCUCCCAUACUCGAAACGACUUGCAAAAGCCUCAGAGGGGAAGGAAGGCGCCUUGGCAACUGCCAACGUGUCCGCUGAACAGGCGACUUUGGGUCUCACCCGAGUGUCAACUGAUCCCACCCCCAGCGUAACACGAGCCCAAGCCUCGACGAUCUCCGGACAAAGCGCAGCAUCGACAUCCAACGAGAUUGCCAACUCCGCGUUUGAAUCGGUCUCGGACCAGCGGCAGUCUGCAAAUGACCGGUCGAGCGAGUCCACCUUGGAGAUUGGAAGUAAAUCGAAUGCAACCUCGCCGACACGCCAAUGGCACUCGCGUAUUAGCUCAAAUGGACGGUCGACCUUGAAAAUCCCCUCUACAGAACAAAAGAUUCCAGAGAUCAUUGAAACACCACCACCGGAGACUAGUGCGGCACCUAUUACUCCAACCGCGCUAUCAAGCCCCACCUCUGGGCGUGGAUUCAAUCAGGACUUGCCUUCGUCGUCAUCACCUACCAAGGGACCGGGGAGCCACGAUCAAGGUUCAAGCAAAUGGUCACUGCAUAGCCGCAUGCAUGGCAAGGAUAGCUCGGGUACUCUUAGUGACUUUGCUAAUAGUCCUCAGGCCUUGCCCGGUAAUAGCACCCGGACGGAUGGCCUCUCGUUUAUUCCUACCCUAUCGGAGGAACGCAAACCAGAGACGAAGAAAUCAAAAGACAAGAAGGAGUCGGAAGGCAGUCGCAAGUCGAGCUGGCACUGGCUGUUAGGCAGCGAGGAAAGAGACAAGGAGAAGGAAAAAGAAAAGAAAAAAGACAAAGAGAGUGAUGCUAAGAAGAUCAAAGCCAAAUUAGUUGAUAAGGUCCAUGAGACAGCGAAUGCCCUACCGUCUUCCAAUGAUUCUGGCCAACGUGGACGCGAGAGCCUUGUUUUGGACCGGCUUGACCCUAAAUUGGAAGAGGAACGUCGGAAGGACCAUGUUCGAAGGACUUCAGGAGAAGCGAAGAAAGAAAAGGAAUCUGGAUUGUUCUCCUCGAUCUUCGGAGGUGGCAAGAAAAAGAACAGCGGCGAUAGUCAUCAUAAGAAGAGCUUAUCGCGAACAUUGUCUCCCGAACCGCCAGUACGGGAGCUUCGGCCAGAUCUUGACUAUCCUUGGACCCGAUUUACCAUUCUGGAAGAGAGGGCUAUUUAUAGAAUGGCCCACAUCAAGCUUGCGAAUCCCCGACGCGCAUUGUAUUCACAAGUUCUACUCAGCAACUUCAUGUACUCGUACUUGGCCAAGGUACAACAAAUGCACCCACUAAUGGUCGCGUCAUCGGGAUCGCCGAGACACCAAAAGCCAAGGGACCAACAAGAUGAGUAUUCUACUGGGUACCAACAAUAUAAAGAGGCCCAGAUGCAACAUUACAGCGAUAGUUCCUACGAUGAUCCUCAAAUGUAUGAGUAUGGUGAUGAUUCACACGACUCGUAUCGACAACAUUCACGAGGCGGUAGCAAACAUGGCUACGAAAAUGGGCAGGCAUACGGUCCCGGACAUUACCAGUACGGUCAUUCGACAUUUGGUGAUGAUGUCCAGCUCGAUGACGACGACGAUGAUAUGUGGUGACAGGAAAGAGGAGCAUCCUGUUCAUUACUUCAAUUCUUCUGCAGUAUAUUAAAUACCCCUGCUUUGUCAAGCCCAGCCCCUCCACAACAUUGUACACUGACUACGUCUUGCUCAACUCACUUGUUUUUUUUACCUUUUUCAAUGGAUGGUAAAUACAUCCUCUUCCAUGCCCAGGAACAGAAUCAUAUGAUUUCACCCACCACUGUCUGCUUACUCCCUUGCAUACUGUUCUGUCUCAUCCCUAUAUAGCGCACCUUACGCCUGGUGGUAUUUUAUUAUGCCAGGUAUUGCUCGGCAUUUCCUGUUGCCUUGUAUUGGCAAUUUUUCCUUGAUUUGUUUGCAUAGCGUCUGGGGUUAUCGAUUCAUUUCCACUUCUAGUUGUCUUGACAGCUUUGUUUUGCAUUUCUAUCCUUUCCCUUCAGAUGAUCCAAUGGACUCUCGGCGUACAGUGCUGUAUGUGAAGGAGAUUGUGCUUGCCCCCUUUUUCAAUACCCGAGUUCUGAUUUACUCUUGGAUUGGUACGUGAUAGCAUGGCACAGUAGAAUGGGCGGGGCACUUGAAGUUAGACCUAUGGAAGUCGUCGUACUGUAUAGAAUAUACUUCCUAUAUCAUUGAAACUCAAGUAUCUUGCGUGUAUUCCUAUAGCACUAUCGUAGUGAUUGCGAAUAGCUGCUAUGCGGGUUUGUGGAUAUGGUAUCACGUGACUAACGCCAUCUAAUCUCCCC